CUGCGUAUUUCGAACAUCGAAUACAUUGCGGUUAGCGCUCUAUUCUUAUUAUAUCUCUAUGGGUCGAUAUCGUCUUGAGAAUUCGUUUGUUUGUUGUGUUUUGUAUUUUCGAUCCUCUGGACGGAGAGAGAGGGAGCCGGAGAGGGCAUUGAAUUUGGUAGGCAUGGGAAGGUGAUUGCUUGCGAGAAACGUUUUGGCCUAAGAAGUUGGAGGUAGUAUUUAAAAACGGAUCAAGUUUUCAGGUACUUUAUUUGAAAGCAGAAAGAAGCAUUGUUAAUGUUUUGUGUUAAAAUAUGAGCCGAAAACAAACUCCGAGUGAUUUCCUGAAGCAGAUUAUUGGUAGGCCAGUUGUGGUCAAACUCAAUUCAGGAGUAGAUUAUAGAGGAGUGCUAGCUACAUUAGAUGGUUACAUGAACAUUGCAUUGGAACAGACUGAGGAAUAUGUAAAUGGUCAACUGAAGAACAAAUAUGGUGAUGCCUUUAUUCGAGGAAAUAAUGUUUUAUAUAUCAGCACACAGAAAAGGACCCUUGGUGGCAGAUAAGGACCUCAGAAGUUUUUUUAUUAUUUAAUAUUGUUGAAAAGAUGGGCGAUUUGAAUGGUUUUGUAUUGUAGGACAGGAAGCAAAGGUGUACAGUACUCACUAGGAAGAUAGCCCUGUACCUUCAUCUAGAAUAUAUAAGAACCUCGGAAGUUUUAAGUAUUUGUUGUUGUUUAAAAGAUGGGCAAUAUGGAUGGAAUUGUACAGGCCGAAAAAUAAGAUCCACCAUUAUACAAGAUAGUUUUCAUUAAAAAAAAAAUUAGAAUAAUAAGUACAACUCAGCACCAUGAUUUUGUGCUAAGACAAGUUUACUGUAUAUUUUAUUUUUAAACACAUUAACUGAAAUUAACCUAAAAAAAUAGCAGAAACAUUUCUGCAAUUUUCACUUUAGAGACAAACACCAUUCAUUGUCAGAUAGUUUUAAAAAGCGAAACAUUAUUAGAAACUUCUAAUUUGACCUCAAGCAGGAUAACAUUGCAUUAUGGAUAUGUUGGAAAGAACAUCAUGGACAUAGAAAUAUAAUUUGUAUUGUUUUUUUGAUAAUAAACAUACUUCGAAUACAGAAAA